GAGAUUUAACACACUGCAAGAAGCUCGAGACAAAUUAUUAAUGCAAAAAUUAUUGAUCAAAUUUUUAAGUUUCUUUGACAUAUCUACAGUGAAAAAUGUGUUAUUUUGUGAUAUGGUGAAUAUUUAUAUGAAAAGGAAGAAGACUAGAACAUAAUUCUUGGAUUUGUUAUUCUUUUUUCAAAUCUGACAAGACAUAAUAUUUUGGAAUCAAAAUGGAGAUCAAUUUAACAUCAGGGAACCAGUCUCACAGAGAAACACAGUCUGCACCAAAAAAUAUAGAAAAUAGAGUACGAGAUAGCACAGAACCAGAACCAAAACCAGAAAAAGAAGAAGAGAACCAGCAAAUGAGUCACUCAGCUAAUAAAGGGAGUAGAAAACUUGAAUUGUCUGCAGCACCCUAUAGGGUAAACCAGACAAUCAUGUACAGAUCCCCGCCACCGUCACGACAUCACAGAAAUUGUGUUCCUAAGAAACGUGAACCAAAAUCUGCAAGAAAGCAGUACAUAUCUGAUCCAAAUCAAGCAGUUCCAAAUAGAUCAAUUGCCUUCGAUUUCUGUCAAGAGGGACAUGCUAUUUUCUCUAUGUCUACAAGACGCCAUUUCCGUUCUAGAGAAAGACUAUAUUGUGAUUUUUGUGAAAGCCUAGAAUCAAUAAACUGGUACUGUAGGAAUUGUAACAAAAGCUUUUGUACCAUGUGUAAACACACUCAUGAAAUGAGUCGAGGUUCUUUUACAAGUUACAGAGAUCUAAUGGAUCGUGUUUUCUAUCAGAAGACGACGUUAAGACACCUUGCAUGGAGAAUUAAUGAUAUCAAAUAUCAAUAUGAAAAUGACAAGAAAGAAAGAAUGCUGCCACCGCCAAAGAAAAAAUAAUUGAAGAGGAAGAUAAGAACAAUAUUAAUCUAUUUGAUAUCUUAAUUUGAACUGUGCUUACCAGUAUAUACUUUGCUUAUCUAUAAAUCUUUAAUUAAUGAACCUUUUUAUUUGAUCCUUUGUUAUUCUAUUAAAAUAUGAAUUAUAAUUUUUCAA